AUAGUUAGACACGCGCCAAAAUCGCAACAGAGUAAAAGCCCUAAAAAAAGUCAUCUUCUUUGCAAUUGAAACUCUUUCUCUGAUUCCUUCUUCUUCUUCUUCCUCUUCCUCUCGAAUCCUUUCUCUUUCCUUUUUCCCGCUGAUUACGCGAUCCCGUUCCUUCUCAUUCAUUCAUUCAUUCAUUCAUUCUCUCGCCGUUUUUUUAUAUAUUUAUUUCAUUGGAUCUGUUUCAGAUUUCGAUUUCCUUAAUUCAUUGAGAGAUUCGUUAAUGGAGGUUAAUUACGAAAGGCUUCGAGGUUCUUAUAACGAUUACAGAAAAUUAGAAUUGGGUUUAGGCGAAUUUGGGGAUGAUUUUGUGGGUUUGCCUGAUGAUCCUUUUUGUAUGAACAUUAGAUCGACUUUGAAUUCAAUCUCAGAUUGGUUUCAUGAGAAUCAGAUUGGUUUAGUCUCAGAAGAUCAUACUUUGCCUGAGGAUCCGUUUUGUAUGAGAGUUAGAUCGACUUUGAACACAAUCUCUGAUUGGUUUCAUGAGAAUCAGAAAGAAAUUGGUGUUGUUGAUCAGAUGUUGUUCGAGACUCUAAGUUGGUUUUAUAAUAAUGAUGAUGAUGAUGGUGAUGAUGAUGAUGAUGGUGGUGGUGGUGGUGAAGCUCAUGACGCGUUUGAGUUGGUUCUUCCAUAUCUAGAGUUGAAAGAGAUUCUUGCGGUUGAAGUAGUUUGUAGGUCUUUGCGUGAUUCGGUUGGAAAGGAACCUUUUUUCUGGACAAGUAUUGAUCUUAAUGACUCAUUUCUUCAAUAUAGAGUUACUGAUGAGUCUCUUUUGAAGUUAACACGCCGUGCUCUAGGCGGUGUUCGAUGUUUGAAUCUUGGAGGAUGUGUUGGUAUCACUGAUUAUGGCUUGAAGCAAGUUCUUGCUAGCAAUCCACAUCUUACUAAGCUGAGUGUAUCUGGUUGUCUUAGACUAAGCACAGCAGGACUAGUGUCAACUUUAAGGGACUUAAAAUCUUCAAACCGUCUUGGAGUCAAAAGCCUAAUCACUGGUGGGGCGUUGUAUUUCACAAAGGAGCAGUUUAAAGAGCUCAACUUAUUGCUAGGAGGAGAUGCUAAAGUGGGUUUACAAGAGAGGAAGAAGAGAUUCUAUACGUCUUGUAGAUCAGAAUUCUAUUUAGAGGAUGAUCGAGUUACUGACCUCGAGAUAUGCCCCUGGUGUGAGAAACCAAGUCUGGUAUUUGAUUGUCCAGCAGAUACAUGUCCAUUGAAGGGUCAAUAUCCUUAUUCUAAGUCAUCUUGCAGAGCUUGCGUUGUCUGCAUAGAACGUUGCCAUGAGUGUGGGAGUUGCUUAAAUGACUGUGAAAACAAGCCGUUCUGUUUUGCAUUCAGCUGUGUGGUAUGCAUUGAGAAGAGGUCUAACCGCUUAUAAUAGUUUAUUUGAAGUCAAAACCGAAGCUUAACACAUUACUUUGAUCCUCAAUACACUGUUUUCUGAAGAAUGAAGAGUCUUGGUGCUUGAGGUAUCAAACCUAAGUCAAUAAGAAGAGCUGCAACAAAAAAUGGAAACAUGAUAAGACUCAGAAGGGUGUUUAGUCUUCAUCUACAGCAUCAUGAAAGAUCUGAGCUAAACUUGAUUCUGCAACGGACUCGAGUCAAACUUGAUCAUGAGAGAUGAAGAGAAGCAAAGACUAGAGCUUUACUUGAAAGUUGAAGCACCAGGAUUCAAAUGGGAAAUAAGUAGAACUUACAAGAAAAGAGAAGAGAAUAAAGAAUAUAUCAGAGUUAUUUUACAUUAUCAUUAAUUAGUCUUUUAAUCUCCUCCAUAUGUAGCUUUUGUUAAAUGACUUGUAUAAUUUUCAAAAUGGAUCAAUCUCUUAUCAAUCCACUCCUGCUUGUACAUUCCCUGGAAACAUGAGCCCAUGAUCACAAACUUUCAUUGCAAGAUCUCCCAACCAUCCUCACUAGUCACUUCAUCCAAACCUAGUUUACUUAAUAAUACCUCUCA